AGACAACGCAUACUUAGAGUAAUACGAACCAAAGACAGUCACCGUGACUUUAAAAAAAUACAGCUAUUCAUAAGCGAUACUUCACAAUAAUAGUUCAAGAUAUAUAUAAAUAAACACUCUACUUGCAGUAUUGCAGCCACAGUUAACAGUCGGACGAACUAAAACUUUUGUAUUUGCACGAUAUUAUAUCGUUUUUCAUGGCUUUCUAAAUUGUACCUUUAUGUAAACUGGACCAAAAAAAGUCUUGAAAAUUAAACCAAUAUAUUAGUAGCUACGGAACAGAACAAUCACGGUAGUAUGUCUUCCACAACUAAGGAAAACGUACACCACACUCUAGCCUAUAAGGUUUGGAAGCUGUGCAAGGCCGGUGAGCGUCUGACAGCAAUAGACAUGGCCAUCGCAGUGGUGGUCUCAUGCGUGCUUUUCUCACUCCCCUCUAUCCACGAACUGUUCAUGUGGAAUGCCCUGUGCCAACUGAUUCUAUUCACCGUCGUGGUCGAGAUUCCCUGUCUGCUCACCUCACACAUGUGCUACGUGGAUCUGGGAUGGCCCGCAGGCUUGGUUGUACUUGGGUUGAACUGUUUGAUAUAUGGACAGGGUUGGUGGUUACGCAAGUUGCUUGUCUGCACGUGCAUGAUAUUCCAUGGAGGUCGUAUGCUGGCAGGUGGUCUGGUGAUGUUUUAUCCGUACCGAUUCAAAAAUGAUCUAUCCCGGUAUCAGUAUGCCCGAGUGAGAUGGGUUGACCAUGAAAAGCUCCCAGAGUCAUGGUGGGUGCUGAAGAUGCUCCAAGAAACACUCAGCCAGAGCUUUGCCAAUAUAGUGGUACUUGCGUCUCCACUAUUGAUAGCCACGGCAAAUACGUCGAAAUCGCUAAUGUUCUUGGAAGUAUUAGGGGUUGCCUGGUGGUGCAUUUCUUGGUUCUUUGAGAGCUAUGCAGAUGUACAGAAGCAAUUGUUUCUCACUGACUGUCGCACACAAAGAAAAACUGCCACGCCUGAGCAGAAAGCGGUACUUAAGCAAGCCGUUCUGGGCUAUGCACCUUUCGAUACUCCUAAAUACAGCUUAUGGACUCUCUCACGCCACCCCAACUACCUUGGGGAACUGUCCUGCUGGUUUGCUUUCGCACUGAUGGGCCUCCCAACGGUACUUGAUUACAAGACAUGGAUGCCGCAGAACGAACACUGGAGUGUACCCUUUUUACUGGUCGGCUUAUGGUUGGUAGUAAGGUUCUUCUACGACUGUUUAGUAUAUUGGACCGGUGCACAACCCGCCGAGGCUGGCUCAGUAACACGCCGUCCCACCUACAAAGAAUAUCAGAAAGUUGUACCUGUGAUGUUCCCUAAGGCCAUACAUAUGCUGGUUCCAUUUGCCGACCACCAUAUGACGCCAGGAUGGCCUGUAGUAGAGGAUGCAAAGACCGAGUAGAUUAAGUAGAAUGUGAUACACACUGUAUACAAUUUUAAAUUGAAUCCUUGUCAGGCUCGAAUGAAUAUUUUUUCUAAAAACAGUGUAUUGUUUAUGUAAAUAGCUUCCCUCGUUUGGUAUUUAGACUGCCCUCACCGGUCACCAAUUUCUUCACCAAUUUGCACUUUGAUAUUUUUUUUCUCGAGAUGAUGAAGGAUCAGAGACGGCGACCCGCACCGCACUAUUUAUUCAAUUUUUCACGAGUUUUUGAUUUUGUAAAACUCGUGAAAAUCUCGUGAAGCAAAUUGGUGACGGAAAUCUUCACCGAUUUUCGCCAAAACUCGUGGAGAAAAUAGGCUUCACUUCGCGAGUUUUGUAAUUUCAAAAAGAG